GUUAUUGCUUCAGGUAUAUGGCAGUUUCUACCUGUCCGUUCAACGAAACAUCCCUCAAUGAAUUCUCAGGAUAAUAUCGAUAUAGAUCAUCUUGUCAACAAAAAUGUGGUCAGUUUGGAAAGAUACUGAAAAAGACUUUUAUUAUAUACUAAAUAUACUAUGAUUGACAUGAUUUAUUGGACAGAAUGUCAUAUUUGGAAAAAUUAAUGAUGAAAAACAAUGAAUUUUAAACAUACAAAUAGCCAUUCCAAUAUUUUUGCCAUACAUGGUCAUUUACAAUUCAAAUUGUUGACCAGGAUUUAUUUUGGUGGAGAUUCAGAAUUUUCUUCAGAGGACCCAGAAACAAGUACAGAUGACUGGGGUCUGGUGGACGAAUGUGGUCAGAGGUACCUCCUACCCAAGACCAUGCUGUUUAUGGGGAGAGAGGAGUGUGAUAUAGUUGUCAAGUCACAAUCCGUGGACAAGAGACAUGCUGUGAUAACGUUCGACCACUACCUGAACAGGUUUAAGAUUAAGGAUCUUAGUACAGUUAACGGGACCUAUGUGAAUAACAUAAGGAUUCAAGACCAAGAAUAUGUCACCUUAAAACAUAUGGACUCUGUCAGACUUGGAACUGAUUCUAUGGUUUACUACAUGGAACAGAUUGAAGAGAAAUCAGCAAUUAAUUUGGAUGAUGACAUCAACAUUCCUCCCCCUCCUACAAUGCCAGCCUGGGCGACAAGAGAAUUAGCAUCCUUAGCCGAAUGUGAGCCUGCUUUUGAAGGAGUGUAUAUUCCCAUACAACCAAUUAUGGGCUGUAUAGCAGAACAGAAAUUAUGUCACACAUGUGGAGGAGAGAGAAAGGACGUUUAUCUAGAGGAAGACGCUGAAGAUGAAGUACACAUUCACACAAGUCAUCACAGAGACAAGACCAAAGAUUCCAACACAUGGCCUCGAAAGAGGGUCAGAAAUACUCAAAACAUUGCCACUUUCUUCCCGGAUAAUAGUAGUUUUGAUGAUUCUGAAAGUGGUCACAGAAUAUUAAGGGGUGAAGGCAGCAUACCCGAAAAUCUUCCUCCAGAAUUAGAGACUGUUAAGAAGUGUACUCCUCUGUAUGGGCAGCCUGACUGGUGGGGAGAGGAGGAGGCUUAUGACAAGAAUUCCAAUUCUGAAAAACCAUCCAAUUUAAGUCUUCAGAACAAUGUAGGAAUAAGUGAAAAUAGUCCUCCUAGUGAAAUUGACAAUAGCAAAGCAUCAAUUUUGUCAAAAGACAGUUUAAUAUCUCAUAAAUCCGGUGAAAUGGACACACCUGAGUCUCCUGAAAAAAAUUCUGUCUCAACUUGUGCUCCCAAACCAGCAGAUGGCAGCAUUAGUAUGGCUUUUACUGUUGAAUUUGACGAAGAAUCACCUAAAAUGAAUAUUAGUGGGAAACUGGAAGAUUUCAUGCCAUCCAAAGUUAGAAGAAGUUUCAGAGGUCGUACUGAUAAGAGAGCUUCUAAAUCAUCAGAGGACUCUUUUAAAGAAGAGAAAAGUUCAUCUCGGGGAUCUUCACCAACAAGGAAGAGCUCAUCAAGAGGAUCAUCACCUGCUCGACAGAAAAAGAUAGAUGAAUUGUGGGAAUCCUCGGAAAAGUCCAGAAAACCUAUGCGACGAAAUUCCAGUGGUGCUAGUGAUUACAGAGAGGAAUCUAAAACUAGUCAUUCAAUAAAAGAGCUUAAUAAUCAGAAGAGAAAGCUUUCGUCGGGAGGAUUAACAAGGGGGAAAUCUUUAAAAACCAAAGAAAGUGAAGUAAAACUUGAACCUGAGGUGAACGAAAGUGCUUCAUAUUUGAUAGAUAAAAUGUUUUCUUCUGGUACAACUAAAUCACCAUUGAAAUCGCCUAAAAGUGAUAGAUUCAGUGAGCAUGCUCUAUAUAGAGAAGCUAAACUGUAUGAAUUUGGCAAAGAUAGUGCCAAGGAUACCGGUACUCCCAAAAAAAUUACACGUCAGCCUCUUCUUAAAAAAAUACCAACAGAAGAGGAGGAGUCUGUUCCUGCUAAAAUCAUCCCUGUUGAGGCCCCUAAAAAACAAGAAGACAAUGUUAGUGAAUCAGGGACGUAUACUAUUGAGGCUGACGCUAAACCAAAAGAAGAGGAGGAAAAGGCUCGGGAAGAUAUUGACAAAGCAUUCGGUAUUACGGAUAAUUAUCUAUCUCAGACCAGUGCUGAAUCUGGUAUAAAAAUUCAGGAUACUGUAGAAAAUGGUGAUGUAAAAUUAGAAGAUAUAGAAGACCAGAUUGAUGAGUUAGAGAAAGUUAGAACACGUGGACCAGAGGCUGAAAGCCUUGAUGUCGAAGUCGGCAGUGAUAUUUUGACAGAACUCAAAAUAGUUGAAGAUGGGAUCCGAAUUCGUAGGCGAGCCAAGAGGCCAACAUCAUGGAAGGAUGACAUGAAAUCGAGGGAGCAUUCGAAGUGGAUGUCUCAGUUGGAAGCAUUGACCAGUAAACCAAAGUCACCAUCGCAUGAUUUGGCUAGUCCACGAUCUAAUCCUGAUGAAAUGCAAGGCACUAGAAAACCACCAUCUGGAUCUAAAAAGAGGCCAGGUACUGGCAGAAAAUUACCCAGACUUCCAAAUGAUAAAGGAAGUCCAUCAGGAAGUGAAACUAGUUCCAGGAUGAGUGAACGUAGCUCAAAAUUAAGUGAAUGUACAACUAGUCCAAGAUGUCUGUCAACUCCGAAUGAGUUGAAAAGGAAUGUGACAAUUUCCGACAAGGUUAUAAAUAGAUAUGAUGACACUGAUACAGAAACGGUAUCAAAAACUAAAUUUGAGACUGAUUCUGAAAGUAACUUUACAAGGAUAGAAUCUGAUACUGAAAAAACUCCACUUAGUUCAAGAUCAUCAGGGGCUAGUAUUGAUACAGAUAUUUUAUUGCAGGACACAGAAGAUGUCGUAGCUGCAGUAGGAAAUAAGAAAUCCAUGAAAUCUUCCUCUAAAUCUUUACAAAAUGGACAUGAUUAUUCUUAUAUGAAUGGCAAAAGUCUUUUGAAUGGCAAAAGUCAUGUGAAUGGAGAUUAUCACGAUUCUGAAAGUAUGGUAGCUUAUAUAAAUGGUGAUGAAGAAUUUGACAAGCCUUCUGAUUAUGGAAGUCCAAGAGAAAACUUGGCAAAAAGUACAAAAGCAAAAGCUACCACUAAUAAGAAACCACUAACUAGAGUUUACUCAACUAGUUCUGCCCAAAGACUUCAAAAGUUCAAGGAGACUAAUUUAAAACGGACUAUGAGCACUGGGGAUCAGUCUGCUGUUUCGGAUGUUUUAAGUGAGAGUGACACUUCUACUGCCGAUUUAUCCUUGGACCUCUCUACCUUUGAAGAUAACAAUACAGAGAUAAAUAGGAAAGGUUCCAAAGGUAAAGGAACUAUUUCUAUGACCAGGCCAAAUCGUGCAUUCCAAUUACGCCGUCAGAGAGCAGAUGGCGAUGCGCCCACUACUCCAGGUUCUGAUAUUUCUGAUAGCUCAUUCACAAGUGUAACAAAAACACCAACUAGAAAUGCAAGAACCCCUACAACAACUUCUUCCAGGACUUCUAAAACUCCUACUAGUUCACUGAGGGGCUUAGGCUCAAGGACUCCUACAGGUGUGUCAAGUAACUCUUCAUUAAGCUUUUCAAAAUCUGUUGGAUCUCGACAAAGCUGGCAUGGAUCAUCGUCAAGGACAGAUUUGACUGUAACUGGCAUUUCAAAGGGACGUUCUGGGAAAAUAUCUGAUCGCAGUGAUGUCAGUUUAGGUGCUCAAAUUCAGCGUAAGGGUGAAGACAAUGCUCGGACUUCAAAUUUAGCACGGACAGAAACUGGUAGACAUAGUUUAAAACUAAAUAAAUCCCUUAGUACUUUAGACAAUUCUUCUUCAGAUGUUAGGAAAUCAGAUUUAAAAUCAUUCAAAAAUAGAUUAAAAACAACUCAGUCAUAUGGAUUAAGUGUUUCUGGAGUAGGAAAUAAAACUCAAUCUCAAACACAAAGUGGAACCAGUGCAACCAGGUCUGCUGAAGAAGCAGCAUGGAAAAGGAGAAAGGAAUAUGAUCCUCGGAGAGCAGUUGCUGAAGCUAAAACUAAAUCUAAAGAAAAACAAAGUACUACUUCAUCAUCAUCAUUAACUUCAAUGAAACGGAUGACACGGUCAUCAUCCUUCACAAACUCUUCCGAACUUGGACGAAAUCGUAAAGACAAAAAUGACUCUCUUUCUAGUGCGGAAGGAACUGACACAUUUGAUGAUAGUAGUAUAGCAUCCUCUCAUCGAGGAUUUAUUCCUUAUUCGGGAAGAUCUCAGUCUAGUCACCUCUAUAAAACUUCGUCAGAAGAUGAAGAAUUAAGUCUUGUAGCAAAAUCGGGUCAGUCCCAGGAUGCAUCAUGUUCUGAGGAUUUAAGUCGGUGUUUACUUGGUAGUAAACCACAUUUGUCAGCAUUCACACCACCACCUCCUAAACUUGCUUCUCCUUUACCACGACCUCGUUCUCUUUACAACAAACGUCAUUCCGUAACAGGAGAUACUACAGAUUUUUCCGAUAUCAUCAGACAAUAUCAUAAUAACGUGUUAUCUCAGUCAUAUGACAACAUUUUAGUAUCCUCUAUAUACCAGCUGUCACAUAAACUCAAGUCAAAGACCAAUCAUGUAGUCCAUAGAUUAAGAGAUGAAGAUAGAUUAUUGGUUAAUUCUCCUUCACCAAUAGAUGACAUCAUAGAUCAAUCCAUGAACAGUGAAAUGCCAGCUUGGAAAUCAGCAAAUCAAGAGCUGGCAGGAAUUCUUAGUAAUUUACGGAAAAUUGAACACCAUUUACGAUGUUUAAAUAGAGUUUUAUUCCCAGGAGAAGUGAGUCCAUCCGAUUCUGCAAUGUCAGGGAGAGAAAAACAAGAAUAUUUACAGGAAAUAGAAAGAAUACGGGGUGAAUUAGCAGGAUUCCAACCUAUUGCAAACAAAGAAGACACCUGGAAAUUAAGACAUGAUGAUGAAUCUGUUGAAUCUGAUUGUGAAGAACUCGGUGGUGCGGAGGAAUUCUUCUGAUUUUUGUUAAUUAUAUUUACAAGCGCUUUGUGAUAUUAGAAAUUGUUGUAGAAUUCCAACAGUGCUUUUAAUGCUGCCAAAUAUAUCUGCUGAAGUCUCAGACUUAAUAAAAGUGUUGUCUAAUGCUCUGUGUUGAGGUAAUAUUUCGAGGUCACAGGUUAUCAAUGGAUUCCUUUUAAAGGUCACAAGCAGUUAAUCUAGAUGGAAUCUACAGACCAUGUUUUAAUGGUUUCCUGUUUUAUUCCACAAUGUUUUUUAUUUAGAUUGGAUGAACAGUCAAACUAUGUGGUUAAUAUUUCUGUAGAAGCAGGAAGUUGAUAUCAUUUCAAAAUAACUGCUUUAUAAGAUAAAUUAUAUUUAUUUUAUUCCAAAUACCAGAGGUACUCUGUUUUUUUUUAUAUUGAAAGAAAAAUGUUUUCUUAAUUUCUAAACUUAUCUUUGAAGAAUAAAGAUGGAUUUUUUUUAAGGAUUUAGAGAUAAAAUAAUGCUACAAUGUAUAUCAACCCAAAAAAUUGUUAUCAAAAGACAAAACAAUAUAUCAGGAAUCUGGGAAAAAUCUAUGUUGAAAGAUAACAUAAUUAUUUGUCCAUUCUAAAUAAUUCUAAUGCAUUAAAACAAAUACUUUAAAAACCAACUUUUUCUAUAGAAACUUUUUAUCUGUUGUUAAGAGUGUUCAAAAGAUUGUUUGUGAUACUGAUGAAUGAUAUUAUUUUUAUGAGGGUCAUCCAUUGAAGCAAGGUUUCUUCCUUUUUUAAAAAGUAACAAUAUAAAUUCACCAUUUUAGAAUCUAAAGAAUUAUGGGCCAUUGUAUUGUUCCAACAGGAAAUGGAAAUAAUGCCAUGCCAUUGGUUGAAUUUCCAUUGUUUAGAACGAUGUGUACCAAUCACAACGCUUUGGUGUAACCUUUUGAAAAUAUUACCUAUGAUGCAUUAGAUUCUAAAAUGGUGAAUUGGUAAUGUAGAAACUGCCUUUUCUAUGUUAUAAAUUAUUAAGAUCAAACCUUUUUCGCAAUCCCUCUUCUUUUUAUUUUAUCUAAAGAGAUGAAAUUUUAACUAAAAAGGUUACAAGAGUUCUGAAUUUUCUGUUAUAAUUGCUUAUAAAACAUCAUAAGAAAGAAGAUUCAGAUUUCUAACAUGAAUGUUGUGUUGUAAUCAUUUUUUUAGAAUAAGAGGAAUCCAAUAAAAGGGAAGUAACUUAUAUUUGAUGGAUGAUCCAGAACUUCUGUGAUAUGAUUUCUCUAUUGUAUGUUGUAUUUUUUUUUACAAUUUUUAAUGGUAAAGGCAGUGCCAAUAUGAAUUUUAUUUCAUAACAUAUUUAGAUUUUUAUUUCUUUUACAAAUUAAUCUUUAUGAAACUUUUGGAGAGUAACUAUAAGAAAAGUUUUAUUAAGAUAAAAAUGAGCAAUGUUUGAAAGUAUGUUAGAUUUUGUUGUCUGUAAAAAAUGCACAACCAUUACUUCUGAAGUACUUUUUUAUGCAGACUUACUUAAAAAAAAAUAUUUUAAAAUAAAACAGUUAAGAAAGAAAAAUAUCUGUAAAGCUAAGCUUAUGAUUGUAUAUUCGUUUGGCUAUUGUGAAAUCCAAGAUACUGAUGUUGUAGCGAAGUCUCACACUUUCAAAGUUCAAUGAACUAAGGCUUGUUUGUGAAAUGUAAGAAUGGCAGAUAGUAACAAAAUAUACCUAACCUAAUCAUGUCAUGUUUCUAAUACAAACUUACGAAAUUUUAUUAAUGCAAAUCUGGUAUUCUUGUUAAGAAUGUUGAUUGUGGUUGUUAAUCUUGUUGUUUGUAUUUCAAUAUAAAUACAGAAAUGUUAAUAUGGUGCCAUUUAACCAACCAAUACACAACACUUAGCAAAUGAACAAAUUUUACGUCUUUGAUACAAAUUAUUUAUGAAGAUGAUGAUGAUGAUAAAAGUAGAAUAUCUUUUUUUA